CGCACGCAGGGCGGGCGGGAAAAGCUGCGCCGGAGAGAGUCCGUCUUCACCGCCGAGCGGGUAAAGACCGUUUACCCUCAACCAUGAGCUUAUUUAAAAAGAAAAAAAAUCAGGUUUUGAUUAAGAAAAAAUCAUAGCCUGCCCAGUGCUAACACUAUGUACAGUACAUCAAUAAAACGCAAGAAGAAAUUUGAAAACCCGAAGGUGGAGGAAUGUGGGAUUUGGUUGGACACGAGGGAGCUAAAGAGGAGGAAAAAGGAGCCGUGUUCCAUUUCAAAGCUGCUGAACCCUCUGUCCAGAAGGAAUUACAAUAUUGAAGUUGCUCUAAAUUUCACACAGACGAGGGCUGCUCAGCGGUGCGUCAAACAGACAACCGUCUCUUCGUUCUUCCUCCCAAAGUCCGAAGGUAAGCUUGCAAAACCCCCACAAACAUCAACCCUGAGAGCUGUGGGUGCUGCCUCACCAGAUUCUGGUAAAAGUGUAAUUGAAGGGGAAACAUAUGCAAGCCAGCCUGAGCGGAUCAUUGACAACAAUUUCUGUAGAGACAACUUUGGCUGUUCCGCUCCUACAAACCAGCAGGAGAGGUUGCCAACUAUUUUAAGAGCAGAACGUUCUAACUCGGAGGAGAGAGAGCCUCUUCGUGGGACUACACACAGCAACACUACACUAUCACCAAACAAACAGAGUUGCCGGGCGUUAGAGCAAAGGCAGCAUUUCUGCCUUAAAGGUGGCGCCAGCGUCGAUAUUGUUUCGCAGGAGCCAGUAUCCUCACAUGGUAGUGCAGGCGAAGUGUCUGCCUCCAGUGAUGCUCUGAGUGUGCCUCCUGACGAUUUAACCCGGCUGGAUUUCACUCAAGAUUCACAAGGGAACCGAGUUAUCUCGCACAGGAAGGCGACGAGAUCACCUGCUGUAAAUUGCCCAUCGGACAGGGGAACUCCUGUUGUAGGAGGGAAGUCGGAUGACUGGCCUCCAGCCAAGUCAGCAAUUCUGUGCACGCAGAGUUUCGAAGCAGGGUUAUUUGGCCCUCUCACCUCCACGCAACGGACUGCAAACAGAGAAAAGGGGUUAUUGAAAAGAAAGGCAGUGGCGCAUUCACCCAAGAAAGUAAACUCAGCGCAGGACAAAGGUUUAUUUCCAGAGAACAAGGAAAAUAUCUUUGGGCAACUGAUGUACCCAAAUUCAGCAUCUUUAAAAAGACCCCUGGUGUCACAUGGAACCACACCACUCCUGCACCGUCGGAAUUCCCUGCACGAUGCUGAAUCGCUGGCUUUUAAAUGGCCAAAAACACCACGCAGUGAUCAGAGCACGUUGUCACUUUUAUUCAGCCAAGAUUCACAGGGAAACAGGGUUAUCUCCCACCGGUGCCCAGACAACAGGUGUGGGGUGGCCUUUCCCGACAGCUUGAAGCUCCCAUUGGACCAUUGCACUAAUUCCUUUAGCGGGGGCAAAGGCUGCAGUGUUCCUCCAAUUGUGAAGCUGCCUUAUUUGCCCUUCGUGGUAGAGCCCAAAUAUGAUGACACAUUCUGUCCACAAGCAGAUUUACUGUUUACACAAGAUUCCGAAGGCAAUGCAGUGAUCAGACACAGUUAACUCAGUGAAUCGACUGUCGUUUUUGUUUUGCUUGAAUGCUUUUCUCCCUCUUGCCCUGUAGGCAAAUUAAAGACAUUAUAAAGGAAUAAAGAUUUUUC